ACGCUGUGCCCACUCGCACAGUACCCAGCUUUUGUCCAGCUAAGUGGGGAAUUUGGUAACGGCUAUAUUUUUUUAAGUUUUAUUUCUUUGUGACCCUUCUCAGAUUUUUUUCCCUUAUCUUACGGGAACUUGUGUUCUACGUGGUUGUCCAGCUGGGACAUAGCUCGAUGACGUGGCCAAUGAGAUGGCUAAUUUGACAAGAGAGAGAAAUCAAAGGGCUUGUGAAACAAGCCAAUAGAAUUGGCUAUAAAAGCCGGGUGUUGUUGCUUGUCCCUACAGAUCAACUUGUAGUAGUAGAAUUUCUUCUCUCUGCUCGGCAUUUUCACCCCUCCCUCUUCUCUACAUUUUCUUUCUUCUCUUUCUUCUCCUCUAAUGGCAACUUUAGUUGCUUUGUUAGUGGGUCUUGUGGUUUUGGUUGGUUCUGUUAGCUCAGCAAAGUUCGAUGAGCUAUUCCAGCCUAGUUGGGCGUUAGACCAUUUCGCCUAUGAAGGAGAGCUUCUCAAGCUCAAACUUGACAACUAUUCCGGAGCUGGGUUUCAAUCAAAGAACAAGUAUUUGUUUGGGAAAGUUACUAUUCAGAUAAAGCUCGUAGAGGGUGAUUCUGCAGGAACCGUUACUGCUUUCUAUAUGUCAUCAGAAGGUCCAACUCACAAUGAGUUUGAUUUCGAGUUUUUGGGAAACUCUACUGGAGAACCUUACUCAGUUCAGACCAAUCUCUACGUGAAUGGAGUUGGUAACAGAGAACAGAGAUUGAACCUCUGGUUUGACCCCACCACAGAAUUUCAUUCCUACUCCAUCUUCUGGAACGAGCGCCAUGUUGUGUUUAUGAUAGAUGAGACCCCAAUUAGAGUGCACGCUAACUUGGAAGAAAAGGGUAUUCCUUUCCCAAAAGACCAAGCCAUGGGGGUGUACAGCUCUAUAUGGAACGCAGACGACUGGGCCACACAAGGGGGUCGGGUCAAGACUGACUGGUCCCAUGCUCCAUUCGUAGCUACCUACAAGGGUUUCGAAAUCAAUGCCUGUGAAUGCCCUGCAUCGGUCACAGCAGAUGACAUUGCUAAAAAGUGCCGGAGCUCAACCGAGAAGAGGUACUGGUGGGACGAGCCAGUGUUGUCCGAACUUAACUUGCACCAGAGCCACCAGCUCAUGUGGGUUCGGGCCAACCACAUGGUCUAUGACUACUGCUCUGAUACCGCUAGGUUCCCAACCGUUCCCACUGAAUGUGUCCACCACCACCACUAGUCCAUGAUGGUCUGGUUUGGUGUGUGACAAUGUAAAAAGAAGAAAGAUGGAGAAAAUGAAAAAUGAAAAAAAAAAAAAAGUAUGGAGCUUGGUGGGAAGUUAUGCAUGUUUGUGUAUAAAAACAUGUUCUCCAUGUUUUUUAAUUUUUGGUUUAUGUUCGUUCUUUUGUUCGUUUACUCUUAUUUCCUUCAGGGUGUAUGAUAUGAUUAGUUUUCAAUAUGAUUUAGUUUCUACUUACAAAA